AUGGCUUCAUUAGUACAGCGUCGUAUGCUUUCAAAGGCCGAUGAGGAGGCGGCCGACGAGGUCGAAGUGCGACGUGAGGACCAGGACAAGAUCAACCGAUUCAGUCGCCUACACCAGCGGGAACUUGUUCUGGAGGACGAACUGAGUACUAAGACCAAGGAAAAGGAAGAGCUUGACGACCUGUCUACAGAACUCGAACUCGCCGAUGAGGACGAAAAGAUCCAGUACAAGAUUGGCGACGCCUUUUUCCACGUCUCAGUAGAGCAGGCCCAGGAGAUGCUCGAGCAAGCAACGGAGAAACUUGAGGAAGAGUCAACAUCUUUGGAGGAGAAGCUAUCAUUGAUCCGCGAGGAAAUGACCAAGCUCAAGGUCGACCUAUAUGCCAGAUUCGGAAAGCAGAUCAACCUAGAGACUUGA